AGGCGAGCGGUCGCGGGUCGUUGCGGUACCUUUGGUCCCGUUCUCCGCUCUUGCAGCCAUGGACGAAAUGGAGGAAGAGCUCAAGUGCCCCGUGUGCGGCUCCUUUUUCCGGGAGCCCAUCAUCUUGCCCUGCUCGCACAAUAUUUGCCUGGCGUGCGCCCGCAACAUCCUGGUGCAGACGCCCGACACCGAGUCCCCACAGAGCAGCCGUGCCUCCGGAUCCGACUACGACUACCUGGACCUGGACAAGAUGAGCUUGUACAGCGAGGCGGACAGCGGCUACGGUUCGUAUGGGGGUUUCGUGAGCCUGCCCACCACUCCUUGCCAGAAGUCCCCCAACGGGGUGCGGGUGUUCCCCCCUGGGCCGGCGCCGCACCCGCAGCAGCCCCCCGCGCAACAACAAGCCGGCUGCCUGCUCGCGCCCAUCCCCCGCAACGCGUGCAUCACGUGCCCGCAAUGCCACCGCAGCCUGGUGCUGGACGAGCGGGGUCUGCGCGGCUUCCCCCGCAACCGGGUGCUGGAGGGCGUCGUGGAGCGCUACCGCCAGGGCCGGGCGGCCGCGCUCAAGUGUCAGCUGUGCGAGAGGAGCCCCCGCGAAGCCGCCGUCAUGUGUGAGCAGUGCGACGUGCUGUACUGUGAGCCGUGCCGGAUGCGUUGCCACCCGCCCCGCGGUCCGCUCGCCAAGCACCGGCUGGUGCCGCCCGCUCAGGGUCGGGUCGGCCCCGGGCGCCGCGCCGCGCCUCGCAAGACCUCCACAUGCACGGAGCACGAGCUGGAGAACCUGAGCAUGUACUGCGUGCAGUGCAAGACGCCCGUAUGCUACCAGUGCCUCGAGGAGGGCAAGCACGGCACACACGAAGUCAAGGCGCUGGGGGCCAUGUGGAAGCUGCACAAGGGUCAACUGUCUCAGGCUCUCAACGGGCUGUCAGACCGAGCCAGCGAGGCCAAAGAGUUCCUGGUGCAGCUCAGGAACACCGUGCAGCACAUCCAGGAGAACAGCGUGGAAUUCGAGGCGUGUCUGGUAGCGCAGUGCGACGCCCUCAUCGACGCGCUCAACCGCCGCAAGGCGCAACUGCUAGCUUGCGUCAACAAGGAACACGAACACAAGCUCAAGGUAGUGCGUGACCAGAUCUCGCACUGCACGGUGAAGCUGCGCCAGACGACGGGCUUGAUGGAGUACUGCCUGGAGGUCAUCAAAGAAAACGACCCCAGUGGCUUCCUCCAGAUCUCGGACGCGUUGAUCCGGAGAGUCCUGAUGACGGAGAGCCAGUGGGGCAAAGGAACGCUGACCCCCAGAAUGACCAGUGACUUUGACUUGACUCUUGACAGCGCGCCGCUGCUGCAGACCAUCCACCAGCUGGACUUUGUGCAGAUGAAAGGUACGGCGUUCGCUCCUCUUGAUGCCUUAUUUUCCGUCAGGAUUUUUUCCUUAUCUCCCGCCGGUAGCAAUUACGACUGUAAUCAAUAUGUGUUUUUAUGUCGGCUCGUUUUUUUCUCCUGUGUAUUCACCUGUGCGGCCUCGUCCUCCCCAGUGCCGUCGGCUCCCAUGCUCCAGUUGGAAGAAUGCUGCACGGAGAACAACAGCGCCACGUUGUCAUGGAAACAACCGCCACUCUCCACCGUCGCCGUGGACGGGUACAUCCUGGAGCUUGACGACGGCGACGGCGGUCACUUCAGGGAAGUGUACGUGGGGACGGAGACCAUCUGCACGGUGGACGGCCUGCACUACAAUAGCACGUACAAAUCCAGGGUGAAAGCUUUCAACGCCAGCGGGGCCGGACAAUAUAGCAAGACGCUCAUCAUGCACACGUCACACGUGGCCUGGUUCACCUUUGACACGGCGUCGGCGCACCCGGACAUCAUCUUGUCCAACGACAACCUGACGGUUACGUGCAACAGCUACGACGAUCGCGUGGCUUUGGGCGGCGCCGCCUUCUCGCGCGGUAUCCAUUACUGGGAGAUGACGCUGGACCGCUACGACAACCACCCCGAUCCCGCUUUUGGGGUGGCGCGCGCCGACGUCCUGAAAGACGUCAUGCUGGGCAAAGACGACAAGGCCUGGGCUAUGUAUGUGGACAACAACCGCUCCUGGUUCAUGCACAACAACUCGCACACCAACAGGACGGACGGCGGCAUCAGCAAAGGGUCCACCAUCGGCGUGCUGCUGGACUUCACGCGCAGGAUCCUCAUUUUCCUCAUUAACGACGAGCAGCAGGGGCCCGUGGCCUUCGAGGGCCUGGAGGGCGCCUUCUACCCAGCCAUCAGCCUAAACCGGAAUGUACAGGUGACGCUGCACACCGGCUUGCCCAUCCCGGAUUUCUACACCCCGGGGGAGGUUGAUCCCACUGCUCAGAUGUGCUAAACGUCAGCCCACCACUGGGAUUCAUUUUAAAAGCACAGCAAAGGAGGGGAGUGUGACUCCCAAAAAAGAAAAGCUUUUGGUAGUUUGCGUCAUGGCUUUGUGUUUGAAAACAAAUACAAAAAGGCAUUUUUCUAUUUCACAUUGCAAAACGAGCGUAUGUAAUUGGGUUUUUUUAUCCGACGUUUUGCUCUAUUUAGUCUUUUCAGUUGCUUAAAAUGUAGUAGGAGUGGAAUUUAGAACAGGGCAAUAUCUGAUUUAUUUCUUUCCCCCCCCGGGAAGAACUUACUAAACAUCUCAAGGAGCUCAUCAGGCCACAAUAUUAGGUACACCUGCCUCUUUGAUACUGCGAGCCAGCGAAAUUGCGGCAACGGAACCUUACAAGUGGCUAAUGAGUAAUGACUCCCGCUUUCACACAGAGAUCCCGCAAAAUCAGGGCUGCAUCAGCGCCAUGACAGUAGAGCUAGCAUUUACAGUACAGUAAUUUACCUGUGCCUUUUAAACAGAACCAAGCAAAUUUCUGCAACUUUGUGCACUUUUGCACAGAUAUACGGCAUUCCUCACAUAUUCGGUAACUUCACACCCCUUGUCCUAGCAUUUCUUCGCCUGUGCCUUUUACACAGAACUUAGCCUUUGUAACCGAUUCCGGCGCCUCUGUAGUAGGGACCAGAAAUGAAAUGUUGGCUUUUAUUGGCAGUAUAAAAGGGGCUUUCAACUUAAUAUUGGCUGAUAUUCACAGGUGUACCUAAUGUUGUGUCCGCUAAGGAUUCAUCAACACUUAACUCAAUCCAUAAGGUGCUAUAUUCUGCUGUAUACCGCUGUUUGAUACCCAGCCAGACACUGCAGGGCAAAGUAUAGUCCACGGGGGCACCCUAUUACAUCACCUGCUGCUACUUCUAUAGAAACAACAAAGUUCAACGAUAAUAAGUAUAAUAUAUAUUUAUAUAUAUAUGAUAUAUAUAUGUACAGUAUUCAGAACAGAAUGUUAUCAUCUGGCGUUUAUGUCGCUUGUUCACAACAGCAUCCCUCUCAGACGGCCACAAAAAACGAACAUUAAUAAAUGUAUGAAUGUAUGAGUGAGCAAAUCAGAUAGACUAGCAGAUGCUUAAUUUGUUUAUCAUAGCUUUUUAUGGAUUAUGAUUGCGCAGUCGCUGGGCGACACUGACGAAUAUACAGAAUAUGCAUAUAGUCGAUUUAAAUGUACAUAAUCGUGUAUGUGCGUGUGAGGCUAUUUCUGUUCUAAUUUAAUGAGAUGGUUCUUUAUGUCUCUAUUACCAGAUGAUUGCUCCAUUAUUAUUAUAAUUAAGAUGAUUAUUUGAGCCUAAUAUGUAUUUUCCUGUAUAUGUGAAUAUUCAAUAAAUGGCUGACGAAACAAA